CUGGCAGGUCUGGGUUUAGAAACUCUUGGUCGCGGUUUUCGACUUUGCGCCCCCUUUUCAGCAAGGCUGUCAAGAGAUCCUGCUCUUUUUUGAGGACGGUUGUGAUCCACGUGAGUCGAACUGGGCAUUCUUCCUUUUGCUUUUUCCUCAGGUUCGCGGUCUGGAGUAUAACAAGCAGCCGAGGAUCCCCAUUCAGAGAGCAAGAAUUCCUACCCUGUCCCCUGGUUCUGGGGCCUGCCACCGAGGUCGGAUAUACCCUGAUUGUUAUUUAAUGAAGAUAACUUACCAGUCUUCGUUGCUGUCGACUAUUCCCAAAAGAAGAACCUUGAUUUGUUUUUAAAGGAGAAACAAAGGCUUUUUAAAAGUUGCUCGUCCACUUCCUACCGCUCCACCCCCAAGCGUAUAAUUUUGUUAUAGAAGUAGAGGCUCUUUAAACAUCUCUUUCACUCUCUGGUGCUAAUUUCACUGCAUAAUGACUUUCUGUUUGUUUGGGUUUCGAAGCUUUUCUAAGCUUUGGAAGAACAACUCAUACCUUUGGCUAGGCCCAGGAAACUCUCUGUCUCUCUUUCUCGUGGACUGCUAUGGCAUCAGGAACAAACAGAGGUGGUUUUCUCUUACAACAGUGUCUCCACAGAAUACCAAAGCAAUGAAUCUGCUGAUUGCCAAGACCAGAUAUCACAGGAAAGGAGAUGAGGGAAGUAAUAAGCAAGUUUCUUCUGAUUCUCCUCAUCUUUUUGCAGCUGGAGCAGCUAAGAAGAGAGCACAGAUGAAUCCUCAGAGUAAAGAUCCUGUCUCACCACCUCUGAGGAACACUGUUCAACUCCCGACAAAACCUUUGAAUUCAGAGGAAUGGGAUAAACUUAAGGAAGAUUUCAAAGGAAAGGCCAAUUUUGAAAACUGGAUCAGCUCACAGAUAACUCACUGUCGUAGUUCUGUAGAUGUGGCCAAAUCUCUGCUGGCAUGGGUAGCUGCAAAAAACAAUGGUAUUGUAAGCUAUGAUUUACUGGUCAAGUAUUUAUAUCUCUGUGUCUUUCAUAAGCAGACAGCAGAAAUUUUUGACGUCUAUGAAAUCAUGAAAGCCAGAUACAAAAGUUUAGAACCAGGGGCUUACACUCUCCUCAUCCGGGGAUUAAUCCACUCAGACAGAUGGAGAGAGGCCUUGCUGCUAUUAGAAGAUAUCAAAAAAGUCAUGAUCCCUUCAAAAAAGAACUAUGAUGACUGUAUCCAGGGAGCCCUCCUUCAUCAAGAUGUAGACACAGCUUGGAAUCUGUAUCAGGAGUUGCUAGGUCAUGAUCUUAUUCCAAUGUUGGAAACUUUAAAAGCCUUCUUUGAUUUUGGGAAAGAUACAAAGGACGAUCAAUAUGCAAACAAACUACUAGACGUUCUUUUGUAUCUAAGAAAUAAUCAGCUAUAUCCUGGGGAGUCAUUUGCACAUAGUAUAAAAGCAUGGUUUGAGAGUGUUCCUGGAGAACAAUGGAAAGGACAAUUCACCACAAUCCAGAAAAGCGGUCAAUGUUUGGGCUGUGGAAAAACCAUAGAGUCUAUUUACCUGAGUCCAGAAGAGUAUGAAUUUCUCAAGGAAAAUAUCAUGAGAAAUGUGAUAGAUGGAGGUGAUCAAUACAAAAAGACAACACCUGAGGAACUUAAGAGAUUUCAGAAUUUGGUAAAUAACCAUCCUCCUUUUGAUAUUGUUAUCGAUGGACUCAAUGUUGCCAAAAUGUUUCCUAAAGCUCGAGAAUCUCAAGUUCUCUUGGAUGUGGUCUCUCAGCUAUCCAAGCAGAAUCUGCGGCUGCUGGUCCUGGGCCGGAAGCACAUGCUAAAGCAGUAUUCCCGGUGGAGAAAGGAUGAGAUGGAAAAGGUGCAAAAGCAAGCAAGCUGUUUCUUUGCUGAUGACAUCUCAAAGGAUGAUCCGUUCCUUCUGUAUGCCACACUGCACUCAGGGAACCACUGCAAGUUUAUCACAAAAGACCUGAUGCGGGACCACAAAGCUUGUCUGCCUGACGCCAAGACCCAACGCCUGUUCUUUAAAUGGCAGCAAGGACAUCAGCUGGCAAUUAUUAGUAGGUUUCCAGGAUCAAAAAUAUCCUUUCAGCAUAUUCUCAGCUAUGACACAGUGGUGCAAACAACUGGAGACUCGUGGCAUAUACCAUUUGAUGAAGACCUGGUGGAAAGAUACUCCUAUGAAGUGCCAAACAAAUGGCUUUGCCUUCGCCGAAAGACAUAAAGACGCUUACCCUCUAGGCUAAGUUUGUGUUUAAAUGCCCUCCUGGUUGGCAGCAGAGCUCUAAAGUUGAUGCUUGUUUGGGGUAUUACCUGUGUCCUGAAGAUAAAAUGAUUCUGUUAACACUGUUUGGUCCAUUUGGUCUGUAUGUCAACAAAUUGGUUUUUUCAAUUAAAUGAAAUACAAGAUCUUUUCAUAACCAGUUGCACAUUUUCCCCCUAACAUUCGUUUUCACAUGUUUAUCUAGAGUUGGGGAACUCAGUGCAGAGUGAAGCCUACCUUUCUCCUGUUGAGCCAGCUAUUCCACUUAGUUAGGCAACAAGUAGGGCUCCUGGUAUCCAUUUUGCUACUCUGGCCUCACUUUCCACGGCCACCGAAGCAGAACCAGUCCAUCUGGCUCUGGGCUACUCACGUUGUUUCUAAACCGCUUCACCCAUCUCUGGCAUCCUCUCAUUAUCUACAUGUCAUCACCUACCCACACUGAAGGGUCCUCUGUGAUAAACUGAUCAAGAUACCAAAGGCUUACCAGUAACUUUUAGUUACUUAUCACCCAAUGAUUUGAGUUGGAAGAAAGG